UAUGCGGCUCCUCCCACCCACGCUCUGGCAACGCGUCUGGAGACCGCGGUGGCUUACGUCGGACCCGCAGGCCCUAGCUGCCCCAUGCGCACCCCACAGCUCGCGCUCCUGCAAGUGUUCCUCCUGAUGUUCCCCGAUGGCGUCCGGCCUCAGCCCUCUUCCUCCCCAUCAGGGGCAGUGCCCACGUCUUUGGACCUGCAGCCAGGAACGGAUGGCGGAACCCUCCAGUCCUCUUCAGAGGCGACUGCAACUCGCCCAGCAGUGCCUGGGAUCUCUACAGUGGUCCCUACUCUCGUGACUCCCUCGGCGCCUGGGAAUAAGACUGUGGACCUCUUCCCAGUCUUACCGAUCUGUGUCUGUGACUUGACUCCUGGCGCCUGCGAUAUAAAUUGCUGCUGCGACAGGGACUGCUAUCUUCUCCAUCCGAGGACAGUUUUCUCCUUCUGCCUUCCUGGCAGCGUAAGGUCUUCAAGCUGGGUUUGUGUAGACAACUCUCUUAUCUUCAGGAGUAAUUCCCCAUUUCCCUCAAGAGUUUUCAUGGAUUCUAAUGGAAUCAGGCAGUUUUGUGUACAUGUGAACAACUCAAAAUUAAACUAUUUCCAGAAGCUUCAAAAGGUCAAUGCAACCAACUUCCAGGCCCUGGCUGCAGAGUUUGGAGGUGAAUCAUUCACUUCAACAUUCCAAACUCAAUCACCACCAUCUUUCUACAGGGCUGGGGACCCCAUUCUUACUUACUUCCCCAAGUGGUCUGUAAUAAGCUUGCUGAGACAACCUGCAGGAGUUGGAGCUGGGGGACUCUGUGCUGAAAGCAAUCCUGCAGGUUUCCUAGAGAGUAAAAGCACAACUUGCACUCGUUUUUUCAAGAACCUGGCUAGUAGCUGUACCUUGGAUUCAGCCCUUAAUGCUGCCUCUUACUAUAACUUCACAGUCUUAAAGGUUCCAAGAGGCAUGACUGAUCCACAGAAUAUGGAGUUCCAGGUUCCUGUAAUACUUACCUCACAGGCUAAUGCUCCUCUGUUGGCUGGAAACACUUGUCAGAAUGUAGUUUCCCAGGUCACCUAUGAGAUAGAGACCAAUGGGACUUUUGGAAUCCAGAAGGUUUCUGUCAGUUUGGGACAAACCAACCUGACUGUUGAGCCAGGCGCUUCCUUACAGCAACACUUCAUACUUCACUUCAGGGCUUUUCAACAGAGCACAGCUGCUCCUAUCACCAGUCCUAGAAGUGGGAAUCCUGGCUAUAUAGUUGGGAAGCCACUCUUGGCUCUGACUGGUGAUGUAAGUUAUUCAAUGACCCUCUUACAGAGCCAGGGUAAUGGAAGUUGCUCUGUUAACAGACAUGAGGUACAGUUUGGAGUGAAUGCAAUAUCUGGAUGCAAGCUCAGGUUGAAGAAGGCAGAUUGCAGCCACUUGCAGCAGGAGAUUUAUCAGACUCUUCAUGGAAGGCCCAGACCAGAGCAUGUUGCCAUCUUUGGUAAUGCUGACCCAGCCCAGAAAGGAGGGUGGACCAGGAUCCUCAACAGGCACUGCAACAUUUCAGCUAUCAGCUGUACUUCUUGCUGUCUCAUACCAGUUUCCCUGGAGAUCCAGGUAUUGUGGGCAUAUGUAGGUCUCCUGUCUAACCCGCAAGCUCAUGUAUCAGGAGUUCGAUUCCUAUACCAGUGCCAGUCCAUACGGGAUUCUCAACAAGUUACAGAAGUAUCUUUGACAACUAUUGUGAACUUUGUGGACAUUACCCAGAAGCCAGAGCCUCCAAGGGGCCAACCCAAAAUGGACUGGAAAUUGCCAUUUGACUUCUUCUUUCCCUUCAGAGUGGUAUUCAGCAGAGGAGUAUUCUCUCAAAAAUGCUCAGUCUCUCCCAUCCUUAUCCUGUGCCUCUUACUACUUGGAGUUCUCAACCUAGAGACUACAUGAAGAAAAGAAAAUAAUCAGAUUUCAAUUUUCCCUGUGGGAAACUCUGAGGCAGCCACUUAUCUUGGCUAAAUAGAUCCUCACCUGCUCAUGACCAGAGAGCAUUUAGGAUAAUAGAGGACCUAACUGAAGGAAUCCUUGUAUAUGAAAGGAGUUAUUUUAGAAAAGCAAUAAAAAUAUUUUAUUCAUCAUAGCUCUCUGCUUUGGGCUCUGCAGACCACCAGGUACACAGGAGGCCCUCUGUUUCUCAAGGUGGGAAGGCCAAGAGCCUUCCUCCAGCCUUUCUGGUUAUGUUACACCUAGCUGAAUGUUUACAAGGUCUGAAUCCAUCUGCCCUCAGGCACAGUUGGGCCAAGCAGAAAGAGAGAAACACUUCUGCUGUCACCGUGAGUGACCUCAGGAGUAGCUUCCCUCUGGACUGUAGUGGAGCUAACUGUUUGGAACAGAAGACUGCUGGCUAUCGAUUUUGUCCGGUUCCUUUGCCAACAUCUGGGCACACCCUUUGCCCAGACACGAGUGGGGAAAGCAGUUCUUUCUCCUCAGUUUCCAAAGUAAAUGGAGAAUCCCAGCUUUCUUUUCUACUAGCAAAUGACCCUACCAUUUAUUUCUGCCUUUUUCUUCCGUUCAUUGUGGUGAGGAAAAAUAAAACUAGUUGAGAGCUUUGUUGUA